GGCAACAUUUUGGUGCUUCUGGGGGCUGGUUUCAUAACUAGCUCAGCGUUUCUUUCCUGGCUGAUCUAUUCCUUUACCGUCUACCCAGGGAUGCAAGAGCGGCUGCUGCAAGAGCUGGUAGAUCACGGUGCAGCAGCAACCAAAGAGUGGACGUACAAGGAACUGCAGGCGCUGCCGUUUCUGGAUGCUUUCGUCAAAGAAACACAGCGCCUGCAUAGCCCGUCUUUUCAACCAGCACGCAACAACCGACAAGAAGUUAUUCUGCCUGGCGGCUACCAUUUACCUGCAGGUGCCAUUUUGAUCCCUAGUCUUCCCCACUUGCAUACCAAUCCGGCACACUGGGACGACCCUUAUAGCUUCAAUCCCGAUCGCUGGGCUACCACACGCGUGAAGGAACGGCACCGUUCUGCGUACGUGCCCUUCGCUGCGGGCGCACAUGGCUGCAUUGGAUUCAAUGCAGCAUUGCUAGAGGCCAAGGUUGCCGUUGUAGAGUUGGCUUACAAGUAUGCGUUUGCAGAUGCCAGCGUGGAACCAAUCGAGUAUGAUCCGGAAUUCAACAACAUCAGACCUUCGAACUUCUACGUAAAGGUUGCGAAAAGAAUUUUCUGGCCAACUCCGAACUUCAAUGCUAGUUGA